AAACGCUCGUGAUUGUCUGUUGUACAUUUUUUUCGAAGGAAGAGCAACCGCCGCAUGUGUGCUCGUGACUAAUGUAGAGGAAUGCAACGCACUCAUCAGAAGUGUCCCCCAACACCCAGUCUUACUCCCCAUCACUCGCUCUUGCCCAAUGGACAUUUUUACCUGCCGUCGUGCAUGUCGCACUUCAUUGUUGCUCGUCUCGGCACGCAUGUACACCUCGUGCGCAAUCGUCGGACACAUUGCGCACAUUUUGACGGUGCGUGUGUCUGGCGCCGUCCCGGAAGCAACAGCAGCGCGCCUGUAAUGGGAUUACUAAUUGCAUUUGGUGGUAGCAGGCGGGAAGGAGAGGGAAAUGGGCCCAGCCCAUGCACUUCCGCAAGAACAAGGGACGAGUCGAGGGGCUGCAAAGCAAAAGGAGUGUGCUUGGUGCCGUUGCGGAGAACGACGCGCGGUACGAAAGUUUUGGAAUCGAUAUCUUGCGAUAAACUCGACGGCGAAGACGGCAGGGUUCGUGCGUGCGCACGCGCGAGAUGGUAUGGAACUGGUGCUGAUCGCUGUACGAUGACGUGGCGACACUUGCGUGCGAGCUCCUUACCGAGGCGAGGUAAAAGUACACUAAGAUGGUGGCGACGGAACAAAAAGUAGUGUAGGGACUGUGGACGCAUUUCGAAUCAGAUGAUCAAGCUCGCACCGACAAUAGUAGCCGCCACGAAGAAAGGCAUGCCAAAUGAAGCCAACGCGGAAGCCGACGAGCUCGCUCCGUCUUCCGUGUCGAUCGUUGUUCCGCCACUGCUGCUGCUGCUGCUCGUCGACGAUCCCUUUGUGCCGCUCUUUGAUGCGGCGGUCGUGCUGUUUGAGCUCGCGGAUGGCUUGGCGACGUAAGCCGUGCCAGGUGCUCCCUUUGGCGCAUCGGGUCCUGCAGAAGCAAUGGUGCUGGAGUU